AUCUUAUUGUCGUUGCACGUCGUUUAAGUCGCGACGCCAGAUAACGCAUGCGCUUUAUGAAAAAUAACAGUUUGUCCUCUUUUUUUUCGAUAACGCAUUUUUUAAGCCGGCGAUUAUUUUAGAAUAAUUUGUAUGAAAAAAGAGUGAAAAAAAUGGCAACUGUCGCUGCAGCAAAAGUGCGAGAAGUUCGCGAAAUUACGAGAAUUGAAAGAAUUGGUGCUCAUUCACAUAUAAGAGGUUUGGGUUUGGAUGAUUGUUUAGAAGCUCGAAAUGUGUCGCAGGGAAUGGUGGGUCAGCUUAUGGCACGUAGAGCCACGGGUCUUAUUUUAGAAAUGAUUAAAGAUGGUAAAAUAGCGGGUCGAGCAAUUUUAUUAGCCGGACAACCGGGUACAGGUAAAACUGCAAUUGCCAUGGGUCUUGCACAAGCUCUUGGUCAGGAUACGCCUUUCACAUCAAUGGCAGGUUCAGAAAUUUAUUCACUCGAAAUGAGUAAAACCGAAGCAUUAACGCAGGCAUUUCGCAAAUCAAUUGGCGUGAGAAUUAAAGAGGAAACUGAAAUAAUUGAAGGUGAAGUCGUUGAAAUUCAAGUUGAUAGACCGGCAACGGGAGUUGGUGCAAAAGUUGGUAAACUCACAUUAAAAACAACAGAAAUGGAAACAAUUUAUGAUUUGGGAAAUAAAAUGAUUGACAGUCUAAUGAAAGAAAAGGUUCAAGCCGGUGAUGUUAUAACGAUAGACAAAGCAACGGGCAAAAUAAAUAGACUCGGACGCUCUUUUACAAGAGCUCGUGAUUAUGACGCAACUGGUGCACAAACACGAUUUGUUCAAUGUCCCGAGGGUGAAUUACAAAAACGUAAAGAAGUCGUUCAUACAGUUAGUCUUCAUGAGAUUGAUGUUAUAAAUAGUAGAACACAUGGUUUUCUCGCUCUUUUUUCUGGUGACACUGGUGAAAUUAAAUCCGAAGUUAGAGAACAAAUAAAUGGAAAAAUUUCCGAAUGGCGAGAGGAGGGUAAAGCGGAAAUUGUACCAGGUGUUCUUUUCAUUGAUGAAGUUCACAUGCUCGAUAUUGAGUGUUUUUCAUUUUUAAAUCGUGCCCUUGAAAACGAUAUGGCUCCCGUUGUUAUUAUGGCUACAAAUCGAGGUAUUACGAGAAUUAGAGGAACUUAUUAUAAAAGUGCUCAUGGAAUGCCAAUUGAUUUAUUGGAUCGAAUGAUUAUUGUUCCAACAAAACCGUACGAUGAAAAAGAAUUGAAAGAAAUUUUGAAAAUUAGAUGCGAAGAGGAAGAUUGUGAAAUGACUGACGAUGCUUUAUUGGUACUUACACGCAUUGCUUUGGAAACUUCUUUGAGAUAUGCCAUUCAAUUAAUUACAACAGCAUCGCUCGUUAGUCGCAAAAGAAAAAGCACUGAGGUUGGUAUCGAAGAUGUGAAGCGAGUUUAUUCCUUAUUUGUUGACGAACAUAGAUCGACACAAUUCUUAAAAGAAUAUCAGGAUGAUUUCAUGUUUAAUGAAAUGUCGGAACAAAAUAUGGACACAACAUAGAAUGAAACAGUAUUAAGCAGUUUAUUUUUUUAUUUUUCAAUUUACAUUAACAUAGUGAUCAUUUUGUCAAUAAAAUGCAGAAAUAUAA